UCACCCCAGACUGUACCACUGGCAAAAUGCUGGCCCUACUCUUCCUGAUGGCACUUCUCUUACCUUCUAGAGCUGGAGCUGAGGAGAUUAUUGGUGGUGUUGAGGCUAAACCACACUCCCGCCCUUACAUGGCCCAUCUGAAGAUCAUCACAUACCAAGGUUUAGAGGACAGUUGUGGUGGGUUUCUUAUAACCCGCCAAUUUGUGCUGACUGCUGCACACUGUAAAGGAAGAGAAAUCACUGUCACCCUUGGAGCUCAUAAUUUGAGCAAGAUAGAAUCCACACAGCAGAGUAUAAGAGUUGAAAAUCAAAUCGUUCACCCCAAAUACAGCAUCUACUCCAAUCUCCAUGACAUCAUGUUACUGAAGCUUCAAAAUAAAGCAGAGUUGACUCCUGUUGUGGAUGUAAUUCCCCUGCCUGGUCCCUCUGAUAUUAUCAAACCUGGGAAGAUGUGCUGGGCAGCUGGCUGGGGGUUAACUGGAGUGAAUAAACCUACCUCAGACACCCUGAGAGAAGUUGAACUGAGAAUCAUGGAUAAAGAUGCCUGUAAAAUCUAUAGGCAUUAUGACUAUAACUUCCAGGUCUGCGUGGGCAGUCCCACAAUGUUAAAAUCUGUAUACAUGGGAGACUCUGGGGGACCUCUAGUGUGUGCUGGUGUGGCCCAUGGUAUUGUAUCUUAUGGACGUGAAGAUGCAAAGCCCCCUGCAGUCUUCACUCGAAUCUCCUCAUACAUGCUCUGGAUUAAUAAAGUCUUAAAAGGCAAGUAGCUAAAAAGCCUGAGUAGCCUGAGACAGAGUCUCCAAGCCUGCACUUAUCUGGUACCCCUUGAGUUUAACACAGCCAGCACCAGUCUGUCCCUAGCCUUACCACAGCCUGCCCCCAGCCUAUCCCCAAGACAAUCUGAAAGAUAAACAAAUCUGUGAUGAUGGAUUAUUCCCUGUAAUGCACCUCAAUAAAGAUAUAAUCUCUUGUGCC